CGGGCCGCGCGCGCGCCCCGCUUCCGCUUAAAUAGCGGCGGGGGAGGCGGCGCUCGGUCUCACUCGCCGCCGCCAGCCCGCGCUCCGCGUCCUCCUGCCGCUCCGCUCCUCCGCCGAUCGCCAUGGAAGAGGAAAUCGCUGCGCUCGUCAUUGACAAUGGCUCCGGCAUGUGCAAAGCUGGCUUUGCUGGGGACGACGCCCCCCGAGCCGUGUUCCCCUCCAUCGUCGGCCGCCCCCGGCACCAGGGCGUGAUGGUGGGCAUGGGCCAGAAGGACUCGUACGUGGGCGACGAGGCCCAGAGCAAGCGCGGCAUCCUGACCCUGAAGUACCCCAUCGAGCACGGCAUCGUCACCAACUGGGACGACAUGGAGAAGAUUUGGCACCACACCUUCUACAACGAGCUGCGCGUGGCCCCCGAGGAGCACCCGGUGCUGCUGACUGAGGCCCCUCUGAACCCCAAGGCCAACAGAGAGAAGAUGACCCAGAUCAUGUUUGAGACGUUCAACACCCCAGCCAUGUACGUGGCCAUCCAGGCCGUGCUGUCCCUGUACGCCUCUGGUCGCACCACUGGCAUUGUCAUGGACUCUGGAGACGGGGUCACCCACACGGUGCCCAUCUACGAGGGGUACGCUCUCCCCCACGCCAUCCUGCGUCUGGACCUGGCUGGCCGGGACCUGACGGACUACCUCAUGAAGAUCCUCACGGAGCGCGGCUACAGCUUCACCACCACGGCCGAGCGGGAGAUCGUGCGUGACAUCAAGGAGAAGCUGUGCUACGUCGCCCUGGACUUCGAGCAGGAGAUGGCCACGGCCGCGUCCUCCUCCUCCUUGGAGAAGAGCUACGAGCUGCCCGACGGCCAGGUCAUCACCAUCGGCAACGAGCGGUUCCGGUGUCCAGAGGCGCUCUUCCAGCCGUCCUUCCUGGGUAUGGAGUCCUGCGGCAUCCACGAGACGACCUUCAACUCCAUCAUGAAGUGCGACGUGGACAUCCGCAAGGACCUCUACGCCAACACGGUGCUGUCUGGGGGCACCACCAUGUACCCGGGCAUCGCCGACAGGAUGCAGAAGGAGAUCACCGCCCUGGCGCCCAGCACCAUGAAGAUCAAGAUCAUCGCGCCCCCUGAGCGCAAGUACUCGGUGUGGAUCGGCGGCUCCAUCCUGGCCUCGCUGUCCACCUUCCAGCAGAUGUGGAUCAGCAAGCAGGAGUACGAUGAGUCCGGGCCCUCCAUCGUCCACCGCAAAUGCUUCUAGAUGGACUGUGAGCAGAUGCGUAGCAUUUGCUGCAUGAGUUGGUUCCGAAGUAUCGAUUUGCUCUGGCAAAUGUGCACACCUCAUGCUAGCCUCACGAAACUGGAAUAAGCCUUUGAAAAGAAAUUUGUCCUUGAAGCUUGUAUCUGGUAUCAGCACUGGAUUGUAGAACUUGUUGCUGAUUUUGACCUUGUAUUCAAGUUUACUGUUCCCUUGAUUGUUUAAUACCCUGUACAUGUCUUUGAUUUGAACCCUUAAGACCUGUGGCUCAGUCACCUCGUGGCUGAGGUGAGAACAUGCUUGAAGGGGAAUCUGGCCAGCAGCUCGGUGUGUGCAGGGUGUCCGUGCUUCAGAGCUGACCAUUCCGCGAUGUCUCUGGGGGCCGGCAAGAGUCCUGAACCAGUCCUCUCUGUCUUGCCGGUCUAGCAGGGUUUGGAGGAGUCCAAGCCUGAGGGACCCAGUUUUCCUGUCUUACCUGAUGUUUUCCUGUGGGAUCACCACGGGCAGUUACUUGGCUUGAGUUGGAAGCAGUUUGCAUUUACACCUGUAAAUUUAUUCAUCCUUUUAAUUUAUGUAAGGUUUUUGUACGCAAUUCUCAAUUCUUUAAGAGAUGACAAAUUUUGGUUUUCUACUGUUACGUGAAAACAUUAGGCCCCAGCAACACGUCAUUGUGUAAGGAAAAUAAAAGUGCUGCAGUAA